AUGGGUCCCGGGGAUGCUGGCUUAGUCCAAGAUGAUCAGCUGGCCUCGCUCGGAGAUGAAAGUCAGCAAGUGGCUUUGUGUUCGAGGAAUUCCGACGCUGAAGCUUUUCCAGUGUCGUCUUCCCGUCUGCUGUGGCUUCGGGGGAGUAAGCCUAUCAGAUCUGUACGGAAGGGUGACUGUGUAUGCGAAGAUACAGUUCUUUACACCACAAGCUUGGAUGCAGUGCAUAAUGAAGCUUAUGAAGCCUUUCAAACAACACGAAACAUAGAUGCUGUAAUGGACCAGAUUAUCCUUUCCAAAACAACUGGUGAAACGCUGAAGAUGAAAGCCCAGGUCAUGACUCCAGUAUUGCCUAUGUUGGCAGAGGCAUGUAAAUCAGUGGAUUAUGCCUUUAAAAAAUGCCCAAGUGGAGUUAUGUAUUCUGAAAUAAAGUAUGAUGGUGAAAGAGUUCAAGUUCACAAAAAGGAUGGAAAAUUCUUGUAUUAUUCUCGCUCACUGAAACCAGUGAUGCCGCACAAGGUCUCUCACUUUAAAGAAUACAUUCCAAAGGCAUUUCCCUAUGGCAAGGAUCUUAUUCUCGAUGCUGAAGUGUUAAUGAUGGACACCAAGUCAGGAAACCCUCUUCCUUUUGGCACUCUUGGUGUCCACAAAAAAUCGGAGUUUCAAGAUGCGACUGUCUGUCUUUUUGUGUUUGACUGCUUACAUUACAAUGGAGAAGAUUUAAUGGAUAAACCAAUAGCAGAUAGAAAAAAAAUUCUUGAAGAAAAUAUGGUUGAGAUAAAAAAUCACAUCAUGUUGUCUGAAAUGAAGAAAAUAAAGAGAAAGGAAGACCUGCGUGACAUGAUCAACCGUGUCUUAAAGCAGGGAUUAGAAGGCCUGGUACUGAAGGAUGUGAAUAGUGUAUAUGAACCAGGGAAACGACACUGGCUUAAAGUAAAGAAAGAUUAUUUAAAUGAUGGUGCCAUGGCUGACACAGCAGACUUGGUUGUCUUGGGUGCCUGGUAUGGAACAGGGAAGAAAGGAGGAAUGAUGUCAGUUUUCUUAAUGGGAUGUUAUGAUGCAAGAAUAAAGAAGUGGUGUACAGUCACAAAGGUCCACACAGGUCAUGAUGAUGCAACAUUGGCACGCUUACAGACAGAGCUAGAUAUGGUUAAGAUCAGUCAAGAUUCAGAACGUGUGCCAGCAUGGCUAAAGUGUACCAAGACUAUGAUCCCAGAUUUUGUGGCAGCUGACCCCAAGAAAUCACCAGUAUGGGAAAUAACUGGUGCAGAGUUUACACGACAUCAGAUUCACACAGCAGAUGGCAUCUCUAUCAGGUUUCCAAGAGUUACAAGAGAACGGAGUGACAAAACAUGGGAACAAGCCACUGACUUAGCAUAUUUACAAGAACUAUAUAAGAAAUCUAGAGAAUGCUCAGAUUUGGAAGCUCUGACUUCUGAACGAACAGAUGAUGAUGAUGAUAAUGGGAAGAAGAGUGGGGACUCUGGAUCUUCUACCCCAAUAAAAGUUCAAGCAAGUAGCCCCAAAGUAUCUAAUGUAUCUGCAGCUUUUGCAAGUCCCAAAACGUUGAGCCCAGAUAAGGCUAAGGGAAGGGAAAAGAUUCAGAGAACUCUUAGUGCUUUUGUAAAGAUGGACAGAACAAAGCCAGAAAAUGAAGAUGAAAUAAAAAAAGAAAAGAUGGAACACAGUGGAACGGUAUUAGGAAAGAGGCACUCAGAUGAAAACAGAGACAGGCAGCCAAAUAAAAAGCUGAAUAAGUAUGGUGCCUCUGAAAGUGAAACUCAUCAAACGCUAAAUGAACUUCCCUCAGCUGGUCUCAGACACCCCACAAAAAAUCCACUUCCAGAUAUUUUCAUUGGAAUUCAGGUUGGAAUACCAGAUACUGUGCCAAAAGUAGCAGAUAUGAAGAGAUAUAUCAUUGC